UUUUUCACUUAACUCUAGAAAACUCCCAUGGAAGAAGAAGACCAGUCUCCCAUUAUUUUCAACAACAAUCAAACAACUUCUUCUUCAUCUCUAAAAAAAAGACCAAUAACUUUAGCAUCAUCAAAACAAGAAACCAAUCACUACAAGAAAAUCAAAUCCAGUACUGAAAAGACCAAGAAAAUUGAUGACUCAAAACAUCCAAUUUACCACGGUGUUCGAAAACGGAGCUGGGGAAAAUGGGUGUCUGAAAUUCGUGAGCCGAGAAAAAAAUCAAGAAUUUGGCUUGGUUCUUUUGCUACUGCUGAAAUGGCUGCCAGAGCACAUGAUGUUGCAGCAAUUGCCAUUAAAGGUCACUUAGCUUUACUCAAUUUUCCUGAAUUAGCCCAUCAAUUUCCUAAACCAGCUUCCAAAUGCGCUAAAGAUAUUCAAUCUGCAGCUUUAAAGGCUGCAGCUUUGGAUAUUUCUCCAAGAAAUUGCAUGGAAAAACAGAGUAAAGAUGAGUUAAUGGAAAUGGCCUGUUCUCCUGAUGAAGAAACAGAGUCAACAGAAUCAUCUUUGAGGAGUAAUAAUGAGGACCCUUUUCUUGAUUUGCCUGAUCUUCUACUGGAUCUUACUCAAAAAUUUGAUCAAUUCUGUUACUAUAAUUCAUCCUGGGAUUUGGCUGGAGCUGAAAGCAGUGACUCUAAUUACUGUGAAUUUUGGCCUGAAGAAGAUCUCCAUAUGUUGGAUUACAGCCAUGAAGUUACAAUGUAAUUUUUCGACGAAAGGAAUUCAAUUAGUGCAUGAAUACUAAAGAUCUCUAUUUGUCGGAGUAUAACAAUGAAACAACACAGAACAAUGGAGCAUCAAAAAAUGGUUACAGACUUACAGUUCUCCAAACAUAAUGGGUAAGCUUAUCAACAAGACCCUCUGAAGGCUAUUAUUGAAGACUGCAAAUAUUUAUUGAAAGCUCAAAAUUACACAUAAAUGGGACGAGACAAAUCAAUGUGUCGACUUUUUAGCAAAUGAAAGACACAAGCAUAAAGAAGAUUUGCUAAUUUGGGAAGAUGCAAUUAGGAAUAUGAGCUUUUUUCCUUUUUAACAGAUUCAUAAUUAGUCUUUUCUAAUGUAACAAAAAUAAAAUAAUGGAGUAGGGAAUUGACAGUCAUCUUUGUGUUUUGGCUCAUUAUAAAUAACUGAUGAACAAAUUAUUUUAUUGAUUUUACUUUGUCAGGGAAUAUGAUUUAGCUUGCUUCUUUUGGUAAAAAUUAGGGGGAAUCCUAAUUUACCUGCAAUGGAAGAAACUACAACUGGAAUCGUGUGGAAUUUAUCAUUUUAUGCACGACGUUUGACAGAUAAUUAUAUAAUUCUUUUAGUGGAUAAAAUAUUUUAAUUCUUCUGCAAAUCAGAGCUUACAUUCUCUGAAAAAAGAGAAAAAGAAGAUGGGAAUAAAAGUUCAGCCACUUCAGGUGUAAACAAGAAACGGCGGUGAGAUAAGGGCCGGACUUUCCCUUUUUCUUUCACUUGUACUCUCCAUUUUCUUUUCUUUGCCUUCUCUUUUAGUUUUUCUAAAAAUAAUUAACCAG